GACACUGAGCCAACUUAAAAUUGAUAAUAAUUUAAUGACUCGUACCCCUGCAUGUAUGUAUACACAACUUGGUUCCUCUUGACAUUUUUAAAAUUCUUGUUCAUGUGCAAGAAGGCUGUGGAAUGAGGAAGAAGUUUCCAGCAAAAUACUUUGAUAAUGCACAGUGCAUUGGGAAGGGUUUUAAACCCCCUGAUUUGCAGGUGAGAAGAGUGUGGUGUCAUGGCAGAUAAUUAGGUUGCCUGCACAAAGAUAAAAUGAUGCAAGACUGUUGUUUGGCAUGGGUGAAUCAGAUUCUACAGCAGAAUGUUCCAUUGUUUCAGUUAAACAAACAAAAAAAAAAAGGUGGGAAGAAAGUUCAAGAAAGUAGUGGUACUGAAACUGUGUGAUGAACAGUUAGUUUUGAUUUGUUAACUUUCAGUAGAGUACCACAGAACUGCAGGUAGGUUCCAGUUUUAGGACCAGUACCUAACUGGUUAAAAUAUAUAGCAAGAAAAGUGCAGUUCUGCAGAGAACUAAUAAUAUAUAUGUCACUAAGUCUUUGGAGCAUAAAGACAAAGCAAAGAUCAAGAUAAAAGUGGUACUUGCAGACUGUGACUGUGUAAGAUUGUAUAGUUUAUUUAAAGGCUCAUUGAUGAGUUAUCCCACAAGGUAACUUAUUCUAUUGUUGCUGUUGUGGCAUGAAGGAGUCCUUCAGAGAUGGGAGCUGGGAUGAGUAAGAAUAUUCUGUUUGCACCUGAGUUUGGGAACACGCUUCUGUAUGUAACAUUUUGCAUUUCCAAAUCAAAAGAUGCCCUCUGUGGGCACCUUUGCUUAUUCUUUAUUUCUGAAAGAGGUGAGCUAAGCUGGGAGUAAGGAAUUUCUUUUAGAAGUAUUUCUUUUAGAAGUACUCAAGCUGCACUUUUGGUUGGGAAUCCCAUGCUGUAACCAAAAAGGCCUCCCAGUACUGAUUGUCUUUGGCAAUUUGAGUUGGUGCAGUUUCCUCAUCUCACGUUAAGCUUAUGUCGUGUUCCAUGAUGUAAUUUAUACUGGGGGGUCAUUCCAUUACUAGUUCGUAUAUAGAUGGCAAUGUCCUUUGUGAGUUCAGGGCUUUUGCCACUCCACAGUACUGUUGUUGGGGCAGAAAAGAAGGCUGGGUUCUGUUUCUGCUGGUGUUGAGCUCACGGUAUAAGAACAUUGCUGCAGAGAUCUAUGUGUGACUGCAUGAUGGGGAAAGAAUUACACAAAGCGGACUAGAUGUUCUACUCUCCUAAGCAGGAUUUAUAGGAUUUAAGCAAAUCUGCUGGAAUUCCUUGAUCUUGUUCAUGCACCUUAUAGCUUGAGUGUUUUACCAGCACUGUGUGUGAUUGCUGUUAACUACCUUUCUUCUUAGGCUUUCGCUGAAGACCUUUUAUGGAGGAAGCACUGAUUUUUCUGUAUUUUCCUGAACUUCAGACUUCAAUGUAUCUACCUAAGGAAAUGAAAGAGGCAUCCCUCUCCCUCCAAGUGGCAAGCACCCAGCUCUCUGGGAAAUUGAGCUGGAGAGUGAGAAGAGGAGGCAGCAGCUGAGCCCAGCGGCAGAAUGAGACUGUGAAGCUUGAAGCUGCUGCCCACUUCAUACAGGAAGGAUGAAGAUCCCCAGAGUACUUAGGCUGUUGGUAGAGCUCUCGAGUCUGUUACCAUGUCUCAGAUGCAGGGAGGCUCUCCUGGGAUCCCAGCCCAGCCAAAACCAUUUGCAGAGUGCAGAUUUUUGUAUAGACACUGGCCUGGAACACUGGCAUCUGUGCUCUACCUUGAAACCGGUUGCCUUUCCUUUCCUAAGGAAAGAAAAGUUCAGACAGCGUCCAGUGGGUGCGGCAUCGGACCUCUUGGGUACUACAAUGGCUCGUUGGCUGUCACUGAGGCUGGGGCAGAGUGCCUGAACUGGGCAGAGUUCCCUGAUUAUGUUCAGCAGUACCCAGACCGUGGCUUAGGGAACCACAACCACUGCAGAAACCCAGAUGGGGGAACUACACCCUGGUGCUUCUUCCGACUUGCAUCAGGGGCCAUCAGCUGGGCUAACUGUGACUGUAACCAAGGUGCUGUGCGGUUGGCUGAAGAUAGUAGUGUGGAGCUGUACUUUGGUGGACUCUGGGGUACCAUCUGUGCUGACCUCUGGACUGACUGGGAUGCCAGUGUUGUCUGCAGGCAGCUAGGUCUCAGUGAGAUUGGCACAGCUGGGAAGAAGAAUCGUCCUGGACUGUGGCCUAUUCCCCUGCACCUGCAGUCAGCAAACUGCCAUGGGGAUGAGAAAACCCUCUUGCAGUGUGGCUAUCAGGAAGCUGUGUCAGGAACUUGUAACCAGGGAAGCGCCAUGGUAACAUGUGUCCCUCCAGAAGGUGUAGGUGCUCCAUUGCGUUUAGUUGGGGGAAAGGAGAGCUUUGAAGGACGGGUGGAGGUAUACCAUGAUGGCAAGUGGGGUACCAUCUGUGAUGACCAAUGGGAUGACCGUGAUGCUGAAGUAGUUUGUAGGCAGCUGGGACUCAGUGGGAACCCGAAAGCCUUGUCGUGGGCUCACUAUGGUCAGGGAUCUGGCCCCAUCCUGCUAGAUGAAGUGGAGUGCUCAGGCAAUGAACUCUCACUCGACCAAUGCAAGAAGAGUGACUGGGGACAACAAAACUGUGACCAUAUUGAAGAUGCUGGUGUCUCUUGUGACCCUUUCACAGAGGGCACUGUAAGGCUGACUGGUGGUCGCAGCCCCAGCGAAGGCAGGGUAGAAGUUUAUUACAAUGGAGACUGGGGCACAGUAUGUGAUGAUGGCUGGACAGAUCUCAGUGCCCAGGUGGUCUGCAGGCAGCUGGGCUUCAGUGGGCCUGCUACCCUGGCCUCUGAAGCAGACUAUGCUGCUGGCCAAGGCUUUAUCUUGCUGGAUGAUGUGGCUUGUGUGGGCACGGAGCUCUCCCUCCUGGACUGUCCCCAUAGCAACUGGGGGCAGCACGACUGCUCACACGCUGAGGACGUGGGAGUCCACUGUUCCCCUGAGAGCAACACAGUCACUGGCAGCCUCGGACCUCCUGUGCGGCUGGUGGAUGGAGAAAGCACCAAGGAGGGACGGGUUGAAGUAUUCCUGAAUGGGCAGUGGGGCAGCAUCUGUGAUGAUGGCUGGACAGACAGAGAUGCUACAGUAGUUUGCAGGCAACUGGGCUUCAGUGGUGCAGCAAAAGCCAGGGCAAUGGCUUAUUUUGGUGAAGGCCAAGGGCCCAUCCAUCUGGACAGUAUAGAAUGUAGAGGCACAGAGCACGCUCUGGGGCAAUGUGUCAGACCUGACACUGGGAUUCACAGUUGCUGGCACGGUGAAGAUGCUGGUGUGAUUUGUGACUAUGUGGAAGAGAAGGUCCAGGAUAUCAGGAGAACAGGUCCAGAGUCCAGUGUGUGUGGCAUGCGCCUACUUCAUCGUCGCAAGAAAAGGAUCAUAGGUGGAAACAAGUCUCUCAGAGGUGGUUGGCCAUGGCAGGCCUCACUACGGUUGAAGGGUUUCCAGAGAGAUACCCGUCUGCUCUGUGGGGCAACAGUGAUCAGCAGUUGCUGGGUAGUGACUGCAGCCCACUGCUUCAAAAGGUUUGGUGUUGAUGUGCGACGCUACCUGCUGCGGGUGGGUGACUACCACACAGCUGUGAAGGAUGAGUUUGAGAGAGAGCUGCCUGUGGAGCGGAUUGUCCUCCACAGGAACUACUGGGCUGGCAGCAACGAUAAUGACAUUGCCCUGGUCCGAAUGCGAGGCAGAGAGGGGCAUUGUCUCUCCUUCAACAGCCACGUUCUGCCUAUCUGCCUUCCUGAUAAGAAAGAGAAGUCUGACAUAAACAGGCAAGCCUGCAUCAUCUCUGGUUGGGGAGACACAGGGAAAUCUUAUUCAAGAACACUACUGCAGGGGGUGGUGCCUCUUCUGCCACGGGAAGACUGUGAGGUCCGUUAUGGGCAGAAGUUCACGAACCGCAUGAUUUGCGCUGGGAACCUCUCUGAAGAUAAACGAGUGGACAGCUGCCAGGGUGACAGCGGAGGGCCACUCAUGUGUCAGAAGUCAAAUGGACGCUGGAUCAUUUUGGGAAUCACUUCCUGGGGUUACGGGUGUGGUCGGAAGGAUUCCCCUGGUGUGUACACAAAGGUCAGCAGAUACGUACCCUGGAUCAAGAAAGUGACCAAGCUAAAAUGAAGAUGUCUGAGCCCCAGGAACUUCAACUUGUCCUUCUCCCUGCAGCAGCUGAAAGCUGUGGCUUCUGGCCUGGGAGUGGUGGAAAUGUAUGUUUUCUUUUGGACACUGGGAAAGUAAUUUAACAUAGAACUGGGAGAAAAACAGCUGUGGUUGAUUCUUUGGUCUCACUUUAGUUCUUAAUCUCUGAGCAGACAAAGCAAGUGCACACUGGUAGGACAAAUUAGCCUGUGUUGCUCUGACAACAAGUUUGAGUCCUGUAAUGCAAUCAGUGCUUCUUUCUUUGGCCCCAACACACGGAAAUGGUAGAAAUGAAGAUAUACCUGUCUCUGUAAAUCUGUUCACCAGUUUUUGUAUGUUCACACACUUGAAAAUCACUGCAAAGACAGGUGAGAUGCUUGUAAGUUGCUGCAAGCUCUGGCAUACUUUUUCAUAACAUGUCUCUCUUCCAUUCCAGAAAUGAGAAGAUUUGACCUGAGCUGAGGAGCAGGCUAACAAUUGGCCUUUUUUUUCCCCUGAUAUGUCUCUAGGGGGAACCUUUUCUCUUCUGAAUAUUAGAUUCUAAAAAUGUCUGUCCCUGCUAAGAGGUGCUUGUCCUUCCAGCUGUAAUCCUUGUGCCACACAUUUCUGGUCAGAUGCUACGGCUUUAUUGCUGCUUUCUCAAAAUUGUGGUUCUUCUGUGGUUUGUUUUUUGUUUCUCCAUAAAGCAGCAUCUCCUGGAAUCAAUUGUUUGUGUGAGAGUAAAUCUUUGUUUUUAAGAGACAA